AUGGAUAAAUCAUUAUUAUUUAAAAUUCUAAAUAAUAAACCACUUAGAAUGUUGAUUGGAAAAUAUAUAAAUGCUAGUAAGAAAGAAGUUAGAAGAUAUAGAUUAACAAAAGCAAUGGCUGCAGUAGGAUUAAGAAUUAGAUCAGAUAGUAGAUUAUGUGCUCAAUAUAUUGAUGGAACACUUGGUGAAGAAUGGACAAUAGAUGAAAUUGUUCAAGAAAUGGCAAAACUUCGAUAUUAUUUCAAAUUUUGUGGUUUACGUUCGACAAUCAAAAAGAUCAAAAAAGAAAGAGAUGAUAAAAUAAAUGAAAAAAGAGAUUGGAAUUUCAUGUAUGGUAGUCGUUGGAGUUAUGAGCCAAGGGAUCAUCAUUAUGAAUUCUCUGAUAGUGAUAAUGAUAAUGAUAGUGAUGAUAGUGACGAUUAUUACUUUAAAGAAGAUAGCGAUGAAAUGUUAGAAUAA